CCCUUUCUGAUCAGCACUGAAACUCAGAAGAUAAAGAGAAGUCCUUCCAUCAUGUCCUACAGACGAGAGCUAGAGAAAUACCGUGACCUGGAUGAGGAUGAGAUUCUGGGAGCCCUCACUGAAGAGGAGCUCAGGACCCUGGAAAAUGAGCUGGAUGAGCUGGAUCCUGAUAAUGCUCUGCUGCCUGCGGGCCUGAGGCAGAAGGACCAGACCACCAAGGCGCCCACGGGCCCCUUUAAGAGAGAGGAGCUCUUGGAUCACUUGGAAAAACAAGCCAAGGAAUUUAAGGACCGAGAAGACUUGGUCCCCUACACGGGGGAGAAACGAGGCAAGAUCUGGGUCCCCAAGCAGAAGCCAAUGGAUCCUGUGCUGGAAAGUGUGACUCUGGAGCCGGAGCUGGAGGAAGCCUUAGCCAACGCUUCUGAUGCAGAACUCUGUGAUAUCGCAGCUAUCCUGGGUAUGCACACGCUCAUGAGCAACCAGCAGUACUACCAAGCCUUGGGAAGCAGCUCCAUCGUGAACAAGGAAGGACUAAACAGUGUGAUUAAACCAACACAAUACAAGCCUGUGCCCGAUGAAGAACCAAAUUCAACAGAUGUAGAGGAAACACUGGAGCGGAUAAAGAACAAUGACCCAGAACUUGAAGAGGUUAACCUCAAUAAUAUCCGGAAUAUCCCCAUACCCACCCUCAAAGCAUAUGCAGAAGCUCUGAAAGAAAACUCCUAUGUGAAAAAGUUCAGCAUUGUUGGGACCCGGAGCAAUGACCCUGUGGCAUUUGCCCUUGCUGACAUGCUCAAAGUGAACAAAGUGUUGAAGACACUAAACGUAGAAUCCAACUUCAUUUCUGGAGCUGGGAUCCUGCGCCUGGUGGAAGCUUUGCCACACAACACUUCUCUCGUGGAACUGAAAAUCGAUAACCAGAGUCAGCCCCUGGGCAACAAAGUGGAAAUGGAGAUUGUGAGCAUGUUGGAGAAAAAUGCAACACUUCUCAAAUUUGGCUACCAUUUUACCCAGCAGGGGCCCCGGCUUCGGGCAUCUAAUGCCAUGAUGAACAACAAUGACCUUGUGAGGAAGAGGAGGCUUGCAGACCUAACGGGGCCCAUCAUUCCCAAGUGCCGCAGUGGAGUCUAGUGUGCUGGUAUGAAGCCCAUGCCUUUGAACUGGAUGUGUUCUACUGACAUUGUGCUCUGCAGUGGAGAGCAAGAGGCAAACGCUGGCACAAAACUCUUUUGUGGUUAAGUUCUUUAUGCACUAAGGUCUUAGGUUAACUAGUGGUUGUAGUUGAACAUUUUAUAAACUAUGGCUAAUGUGAAGUUUCUCUUUAGUCACAGAAGUUCGGUCUUGUUAUUAUUUAAAAAUUCAGAAGCCCUCAAACUGGCAGCUCUUACUUUAAAUGACACAACAACCAUGGCAGUGACUAAACCCCUGAGCCCAGGCUGGUGGCCUCGCUGUGUGGUAUUUAAGGUGCAUUCACAACACGAAACACAUGAACAACAAGGAAUUCUUCCACUUAGUUUAGAGAAUUAUAAAAUACUUUAUUAUGGCAUAAAGAACAGAUCAUCACCCUUUGUUAUCUUUUUAAGUUUUAAGAACUUCAAGAUUAAAGUUGCCAAAUUGAUUACUGAA